CAGUUGGUCUGGGGUAGCGGUUUUAUAAAAAACCUGCGAGCAUAUCCGAUCAUAGAUCUUUCGAGUUACACAAAUUAUAGCUAACAGGAGGGAUGUCCGAAUGCUUGUUGCACUCACUGUACAUCAGAUUCAACUUGUGUUGGAAUAACGAGGUCGAAUACAUACACAUAAACAGAUCACUGCAACAAAAACUACAACAUGCAUUUACCGGUUCUGCAAAGCGACCAGCGUUCUGCAGAGAUGCAGUAAGAGAAAGACGACCUGCAGAAAUUGUGGAACGGAGAUAGAUAAAC